CUGGACCCAGCAAGAGAAGCUCUUUGACACAGCUGAUCGGAAAAUGUCCAAUAAAGAAGUUAAGGCCACCUUGAAAAAUGCAAGGGAAGCUAUAAGAAAUAAGGAAUUUAAAGAGGCAUUGAAACAUUGCAAGGCUGUGUUGAAACAAGACAAGAAUAACUACAAUGCCUGGGUUUUCAUUGGAGUUGCUGCAGCAGAGUUGGAACAGCCUGACCAGGCGAAGACUGCAUAUAAAAAAGCCACAGAACUUGAUCCAGACCAGUUGCUGGCAUGGCAGGGGUUGCUAAAUCUUUGUGAGAAGAACAAUACAUCUGACAACAAGCAUGAGCUGUUGGGAAUUUAUCAGAAGCUAAUGACGUUGUAUGAAAGUUCAGACAAACAGAAAUGGCAUGAAGUCUGCUUAAAAUUAGUUGAUCUCUACAAUCAAGAAAAGAAUUAUCUGGAGGUCGCCAAAACUUGGAGUCGCUUGAUACAGCUAAAACAACAAGAUGGAGCUAGUAAACAAGAGCUCCAUCAGAUGUGGAGGAAGAUGAUCCAGUUACUUGCAGAUAAAGUAGAGAGUCAGGAUAAUGAAACCCAACAGCUGUUGAUAACAGCUUUUGAAAAUGUCCUUGCUUCCAUGGACAAGAUUCCAAGUGAUAGCCAUCAGAAGCUUUCCACGGAUUAUGUUAAAUUUCUAUCAAAACUGCCACAUGAAGGAAAUAAGCUAAAACUAGCAUGUGAAACUUUGAUAACCCAGUAUCCUGAUUCUUCUUCUUCACUCGAAGUACUUGCCAUGCAUUUUAUCCAGACAGAGAGCUUUAGUGAAGAAGCUUUGCAAUGUUAUUCAAGACUUAAUAUAACUGAACCAACAAAUGGGCUAGGUCUUAUUGGAGUUGGAAUCAAAGCUAUGCAAGAAAAGAAAUAUGAAGAAGCUGCAAAGAACUUAACUACAGGAUUAAAGCAGGCACAUUCAGCAACAAUAGCAUGGUUUUACCUAGCAGAGAUCCAGUUCCGGAUGCACAAAUAUGAAGCAACAAUUAGCUCCUGCAGAAGUGGUUUGGAGCUGUUGGAAAGCAGUGGUCAUUAUGGGAAUACACAGCAAAAACACAAGUUGCUUCAUUUACAAGCAGAUGCAAUGAUCAAAUCUGGUGAUGCAAAUAAUAUAGAGAAAGCCUUUGAUAUCUUGGAACAGCUUCCUGACUCCAAUGAACCAACACUACUUGCCUUGAAAGGACAAGCUUGUUUGAACAAGGGUCUGAUGAAGCAAGCAUCUCAGAUUGCAGCAGAUCUUGUAGCUUCUUGUCCUGAUGUGGCAGAAACAUGGGAACUCCAGGGCCUUGUUAGUUAUGCCCAAAAAGACUAUAUUCAAGCAGAACAAAGUUUCCAGAAAGCUCUGAAAUUGAAAGCAGAGUGUGGAAAAUAUUACUACUACCUUGGACUAACUUACUGGUUCAUGGGGGAGGUGAUGAGAAAAGACAAGUCUAAAACUGCUACACAUUUGUUAAAGGCUGCCAAGUUGGACACAUACAAUGGACGAACAUUCUGCUACUUAGGCCACUACUAUCAUGACAUAGUACAAGAUAAAAACAGAGCUCGUGGUUGCUACAAAAAAGCCUUUGAGCUAAAUAAUAGUGAUGAAGAAGCAGGAGCAGCUGCUGUUGACCUCAGUGUUGAACUUGGAGAUAUGGAGACUGCUCUUGCAAUUCUGAGGACAGUGACUGAUCAGUCAAGUGCUGGAACAUCCAAAUGGGCUUGGCUUAGACGAGGACUUUAUUACAUGAGAACCAACCAGAGUUCACUGGCUGUGGCAGAUUUACAAGCAGCCUUGAGAGCAGACCUGAACGAUUCAAAUUGCUGGGAAUGUUUAGGAGAAGCUUAUCUCAGUAGAGGAGGUUACACUGCUGCCUUAAAGGCUUUCACUAAAGCCAGUGAACUGAAUCCAAACUCUGUAUACAACAUUUACAAGAUUGCAGCCAUUAAACAGAUUAUUGGCAAAUAUGCAGAAGCAGUUACAGAGUAUAAACAGAUAAUUCAGAAUUCAAAGAAGUAUGUCCCUGCCCUCAAAGGCCUAGGUGAAUGCUAUUUAAUGAUGACACGAAGUGCCCUUGAUGAUUGUUUAGAUGGAAGGGCUUUGGAUUCAGCAGAAGAAGCACUUCAGUACUUAGCGAGAGCUGUACAGUGUCGACCUGAUGUAUCCUGCCUAUGGAAGCUAAUUGGAGAUACGUGCACUGUGCUCCACGUUUUGUCACCAGCAAAAGUUAACAUUAGAGUCUCUGCCAUUCUCAUUGGACAGGAUGAAAAGAGAAAUGUGCAUUAUUUAGAUAAAAAUGAACUGCUCCGACUAGGAGGAAGAUGCUAUGGACGGGCCCUUACAUUGAUGUCGACAUCUGCCAAUCUGUGGUGUGACCUUGGUGUGAACUACUACCGACAGGCUCAGGCUACUGCAGAAGGGAAUAUAGUGUCUGAGUUAUUGGAAAAAGCACUACUGUGCCUCAAAAAAUCUGUGAUGUUAGACAGCAAAAAUCAUCUACACUGGAAUGCACUUGGAGUUGUUGCAUGUUAUAAAGGUAUUGCAAAUUAUGCCCUAGCCCAACAUGCAUUCAUCAAAUCUGUUCAGGUUGAACAAAAUAAUGUAAUGGCCUGGACCAACCUGGGGGCAACUUAUUUGAAGAAUGAAAAUAUUGAGCUUGCUCAUGAAGCCUUUAAGGUAGCCCAGUCUUUGGAACCCUCGUAUGUUAUAUGCUGGAUUGGACAGGCACUAAUUGCUGAAGCUGUUGGCAGCUAUGAGACCAUGGAUUUGUUUAGACAUACCACAGAGCUUGGUGUUAAUACUGAGGGAGCUAAAGGUUAUGCACACUGGGUGUGUUCAACACUGCAGGAUAAAUCAAACAGAAAUUCUGAAUUGUACAAGUACAACAUUGUACAAAUGAAUGCAAUAUCUGCUGCGCAAGUUGUCAUGAGCAAAUAUACAGAGAGAAUUCAGAGUGAUGCAACAGCUUUCACAAUGUUGGGUUAUUUAAAUGAGUAUCUAAACCUCAAAGAACAAGCAGAAGUGGCAUAUCACAGAGCAUUUUUGCUGCUCCAGAAUACUGAAGAUGAAGAAAAGCUUAAGUAUGCACAGAGGAAUUGGAUGCGAGCUUUAUGUGCUGCAGGUCAGUACCGGGAGGCCAUUGAGACUUACAUGUUGAACCCUUUUGUGGAGUUUGAUGACAUAAUUAGUCUUGCUCUGGUUUACUUGAAGAAAGGGCUUCUUCAGGAGAGUGCCAAAGCUUAUGAAAAGGCUUUAACUAUUGCCCGUACGGAGAACGAGAAGGCACACAUAAUGAUUGCACUUGCAAUGAUUGCUUUCAAAGAGGGUAGGAUAGAUAAUGCCAAGACUUUACUCUUCAAAUGUUCCAUGCUGAAGGAUCCCAGUGUAGAAAGUCUGCAGGCUUUAUGUGCUCUGGGUCUGUCGAAGAAGGAUACCACCCUCACUACAGCAGCACUUAAUGAACUGUUCAAACAUUCAGAUAAAAUCAACUCAACCUAUGAAACCAGCCUUCUUUCUUCAGGGAUGUUUUCUUUGCAAGCAAACAAUUUAGCUGUGCAGAGACAAGCAGCUAAAGCUGUCCACAGCAAUCCAGCUGAUCCUGCCCUUUGGACAUUAUUAUCCAGACUUGUUCCACAACAUACUCCCCAGAUGGCAGAAGGUGGAAUAAUUGCUGGCAAUAUUGCAGAGAUUUUAAGUUCCCAUCAGACAAAGAAUGCACUUUUGUUCAGUGCUGCAAAUCAGUUGGCAGCUGGUAAAGGUACAGCAGCCAAUGAACAAAAUAAUGCAUUAAAAACUAUUCAAAAGGCAGUCCAUCUGUAUCCAGAUGAUCCUGCUGUUUGGGCCAGUUUAAUGGCAGCCUGUCACAUGGAAAAUACAUUAUCACAUUUAGAAAAUACAAAACCAAAACAUACUACAUUAGAAGAGAUGUUUGUCACAACAAUCACCACCAAAGUUGAAGCAGAGAAGACCAUGCCAACUCCUUAUCUUCAAUCCAUAGAGAACUGGUCUCUGCAACAAGCUGCAACUGGAUUAAAAGAAGAGGGCAGGCACUCUGAAGCUGAAGCCUUUUGCACUAAAGUUCUGAAGAGGCACCCAGACCAUCCCAUGGUGUUCCUGUUGCUGAGACAGGUUCAAUGUGAACAGCUGUUACUUUCACAGCAACGACUUCCAGAUCCAGUUUUAGAAGAACUGAAAAAGGCAGUGAUGUCAAACUUCACCUCGGUGACAGCUUGGCAUUGGCUGGCAGAAGUAUAUAAAUCUCAGGGUUUAAUGAUCGCAGCGGAAAUGUGUUACAGGCAAGGACUGCAACUAUCUUCACAGCACGGCAAUAUGAAUGGCAAACUGUCAAGUCUACUCAGAUUAGCAUUGCUUGCCCUCUCUCUCAGUACGAUUAAACUUCAGAACAAUCGAUGGGCAUCAUUAGUCAAAGAAGCAACCAGUGAAGCUCAAAAGAUCUCUCUUUGUCCUCUUGCUGGUCUAUUCCAAGCACUCCUGCAAUUUAUAGUUAAAAUGGGAGCAAGGGAAACACGACGGCUGCUGGAGAGAGUGGUAUAUCAGCCAGGUUACACAGAGAGCAUUGCAUCAGUUGGCCGUUGGUACCUCUUACGACAUCUGUGGGCUAAAAAUGACGAUGAACUUAUCACAGUAUUACUUCAAAAUGGCAAAAUGAAUGGAGAUUCUAGAAUUGAAGAGCUGCACAAGAAGCUUAUUGAAGCAUCCUAAUCAAACAAGAAAAAAGAUUGAACUCAAAUGCAUGCACACUAAAGUCUCACAUUGUAGCUAUAGUUGCAGCUGCCAUAUUACUUAGAUUUCUGGUUGUCAAAAAGCAGUAGCUGUGGCUGGCAUUUUUGAAACAAUUUGAUUACAGUAUGAUUUGUUGCACUUUGGCUAUAUUGAAAAAGACUGCAAAUAUUUAGACUUGUUCUCUUCUGCCAUCAUAUUUCCUGCACUUUUCAUCUUAAAAACUGAAAAUUUAAAUAUACCAUCAUGACUGGGAAGCAUGCAGAUUUGUUUAUUUAAGAUAGAACGCCUUCAUUUUAACUUGGCAAAUGAUCUGUAUUAUUGUAGUAUAAAUACAAAGAAACAAUCAUGUCUGAACAUUCAUUGCAAAGUUUAAUGUAAUGUUGUGAUUAAACUAUGCACUCACAUCAUGAUUUCCUAU